AUGCCAUUCGGAGGAUUUAUUGCUCUGUUUUUAUUCGUUCAAAUUUCAAUCGAUCUCGUGAUAUCUGGACCUACAAAUCGGGAGAGAACUUGGAUUUCUAUUGGAUGUAUUAUUUCUCUCUGUAAAAAAAAUUCUCUGUUACCUGCUAAUAGAAUUGUGUCUUGUUCAAUUUUGCUUCGGUCUUAUGGGAAUUCAAACCCUCUUCUCCUGUUAGUAAGUGAAAUUUAUUAUUUUAUUAAUGAUUGAAGAAAUUCGAGACAACUGGAAUGUACUCUCAGCUCCCUGAGGAACCAAUCCUGGCCGCACUCGACGAAUUUCGCCAGAACUCUGGGCUAUGAGCUUCGCAUAAUCCUGGCUGUCCACACUUAUCACUGAAUUUUUAUUUCUAUAUUUAUUCUAUUAUUUACCUUUUCCUUGAGAAAUCUUUGUGAUUUUGAUUUAAUUGAAAUCAUUUUUCCAUGAUUAUGAUGAUAUCCUUUUGGGACGUCAUGAAGUACUAAGGACAGAACAUUCAUCGUAGAUAAGACUCAUGUUUUUCAUUUACAUGUUUGAUUGAAGAAAAAAAAUUGAAAAAAUAUGCACUCCCUCAUCUGCUGUGGUGAAAUCUAUAGCGAAGUUACUAACAGGGAUUUGAAGCAGUUUCUGCCUACGUUUGUUCCACAAGUCAUAUUGAAUUUCUCAUUUUCGUUGUGUUAUUCAAGGUUGACUGAGCCUUCAGGUAGAUACACUGAAGAAAAGAUACCCUUACUGUUUUUGGAUUUCAUACGAGAAAAGAAGGAAAAGGAAAGCAGAGGACCACAAAAUGUUAUGAUCUUAAUGUUUAUUAAUGGGAUUCUAAUUUUAAUUUUUGAUGCUGCAUAUAUUUCUGUUGUCAGAACAUAUGCCUGUGAUGAUUUCCGCCAUGUAUAAAAUGGAGUGGCUGAGGAACAAGUUUCCCCAACUUUAGCAAUUCCAUUGUUUGGCGUUCAUGUUUUGGUGAACAGUUCAUCAUGUUCAUCGUAUCUUCGAUCGAAAGUAUUCUUAUAAUUUUAAUAGAAACUUUUGGAUUGGAAGGGAAUCAAUGAAGAACUGUGAUAUCAGCCCACAUCAUAUCCGGAAUUCGGACUACUUUAUGAGGCAUACGUGUUGAGACCAUGGAUUAUUUUACCAAUUGUUCUUCCUUUAAAAAUUCAUAGCGACAAAAAUUUAGCUUAUCAUGUUCAUCAUAUCUUAGAUCUAAAAAUCUCACCUAUUGAUUUCGGAAAAAUAUACAAGCCUCAUGAUUCUAUGGGAAUGAUUGAUCAAAGGGGAUACCAUCCCAGAUGGAGUCUAGAAUCUUGUUUCUUCCCAGAGUUCUGGCUACUUUAUGAUGCAUAUGAGCUUGAACCGUGGAUAUGUACCGAUCUGAUUUCUCUUUUAACUAUCCAUCGAUCAAAAUCCUUUCUUUAAUGAAGAACACCGACGGAUUAAUCCAGUUCCUCCUCGCAGGGGUGCCGUGGACAGAGGAAGAACACCGGACGUUCCUGGAAGGCCUGGAGAAGCUGGGGAAGGGAGAUUGGCGGGGAAUAUCUAAGAAAUUCGUGCUCACCAGAACUCCGACGCAGGUGGCCAGCCACGCCCAGAAAUAUUUCAUCAGGCAGACCGCCCCCAGCGGCAGGCGGCGCCGCUCCAGCCUUUUCGACGUGGUGAUCGGAGACAGUGUAUUGAUUGAUUCUCUCCCCUCAUCUGGGCUCCUCUGGUUUGACUUUCCGUAUCCGGUCUACUCAUCUGAUAAUUCUUCCUUGAUUCAGGCGUCUACGUCUGAAGCUCAGAAGGGAUCGUCCAUGGAGAUCAAUCUUCCUCCCCUGGACGGCAAGAGGGUAAUUGAAGUAAUCAGAUUGCGGCACGGAAAUGGAUAUUCAAUGUUUUGAAGUCUCGUGGAUGCUGGUUAUCUCUGCCUGCAGAAUGAAGCCCUGGUAGCAGCGGCGGCGUCUUCGGGCCCACCAAGAACAGAAGACUUCCUGGCUAGCCACGGUGGCGCCUCUGAACCCAGCGGCCCCCAUCCCCUGGUAGGCCCUCCAUCGUCCACGAUUCUUGGACGGUUGGCCCUUCCUUGAUGAAUGAUCUUAUAUUUGGGCUUGGCCUUCUGGAGCAGGUGGGAGUUUCAGGCUCCAUGAGGAGGCUAUCGGUUUCCGGCGAGCCAGGGGAUCCACCGCAGCUCAGUCUCAUGCUCGGCGUCGCUCAGGGCAGAGAAGGCGCCGCCGUGCCGAGCUGCGCACCGCCGAGGCCCCACCAUCGCCACCGCCUGGACCGCUCCCUCUCCGGGCACCUCCGGCAGACCCAGUACGUGGAGUAGGCAGCGGCGGCGGUGGCGACCUUUGGAGCUCUCAGCAAUUAAGGAGCGCAGGAAGGUGGCGCUGCCCUGCCGGAGUGCCGCGAUUGUGUUGAUUCUUCGUGAACCCAUUGUUCAAAUCCAGGAAGAUCGAUGUUUGUUAUGUGAGUAUGAACGGAGAACAUCAUUUCCAGUGGAACCCAGCUCUCUCUCUCUCUCUCUCGUGGAGGGCAUGAAAGUUUUUUUCUGA